AUGCCACCGAGGCCGUGUCAGCUAUGCAGCAACAACAGAGCAAUGAUUAAGCGUCCAAAGACUGGACAGCAGGUUUGCAAGGAAUGCUUCUUCUUUGCGUUUGAGGAGGAAAUACACAAGACGAUAAGCGAUGCAAAUACUUUUAAACGAGGAGAGCGCGUAGCGAUUGGAGCAUCUGGUGGAAAAGACUCAACAGUACUCGCGCAUGUUAUGAAAACACUCAACGAGAGACACGAUUAUGGCCUCGAGCUCUUCUUGCUAUCGAUUGACGAAGGUAUUACCGGCUAUAGAGACGAUAGUUUGGAAACGGUUAAGAGGAAUAAGGAGCAGUAUCAAUUGCCACUCAAGAUACUCAGCUACAACGAGCUCUAUGGCUGGACUAUGGAUCGUAUAGUGGAGGCAGUAGGCAAGAAGAAUAACUGCACUUUCUGUGGCGUGUUCCGUAGACAGGCGCUCGAUAGAGGUGCAUCGAGUUUGAACAUCAGCCACAUCGUCACCGGUCACAACGCGGACGAUGUUGCAGAGACAGUACUGAUGAACAUCCUCAGAGGCGAUGUGAGCAGACUGGGGAGGUGUGUUGAGAUAACAACUCGCGGAGAAGACACUAUCAACAGAUCAAAACCAUUCAAAUACACUUACGAGAAGGAAAUUGUCAUGUAUGCUUACUUCAAGAAACUAGACUACUUCUCCACAGAGUGUAUCUAUUCUCCAGAAGCGUAUCGAGGUUUUGCUAGAACAUAUAUCAAAGACCUGGAAGCACUGCGACCAUCUACGAUUAUCGACAUUAUUCACUCUGCUGAGAACAUACGGAUAUCAGAAGUAGUUCAGGAUGCGUUGCCUAAGCAACAGAAGUGUCAGAGGUGUGGUUACAUAUCAUCGAACGAACUGUGUAAGGCAUGUGUCUUGCUGCAGGGGCUGGAAAAGGGCACUGCCAAGAUGGCCAUUGGAAGCAAAGCCAAGCACGUUUCUCAAGAAGUAUCAAGCGACACACGCACGAUCCCCAUGUUCAAGAUGCCAGACCAGCAGGUUCGUAACAAUCAAACGAACCAAACGAAUCAAGCAAAACAAUCAGUGUAA